AUGAACGUAAUUGCCUCAUGCUGGGAGGAGUUGUUCCCGUUAAAGAGCCCUCCAUCGGCUGGGAGUCGCAGGACUGCAGAUGCAAAGGAGUGGGAACAGGUCUUCACCGAUUGCCAUCGAAUCCAAGCCGCGACUGCCCAGCAAGAGACAACGGAUACUGCUCGAGUUUCCUGCCGGUAUGCAAUUAGCGUUCCUGCUAAUAGUGAGGCCCUAGUUUGGGCCAAGCUGCCAAGUCGAACCCGCUGCCAGAACACAUGUGUGCUGGUAGAAGCGCACGAAGAGCGCCAGGGUGUGGAGGUGGCCAGAGCUCUGACGAGGGUGCACAGAGGACGGGUGCCAGUGCGGGUGCGCAACCUCCUGCCACACCCUGUGCUCCUCCAUCGACAUCACAAGCUGGCUAAGGUGACUGGGGUGGACGCUACUCAGGUGGUGGACGGCCCAGAGAUUCACUUGUCGGAGGUGAGUCCUGGGGUGAUAGAGGUGAGCGUGGUACAAUUGGGGACAGACUUGAAGGACAUGGGGGAGGGGCUUCCUGAACAUCUUUCAUGUGAGUCCCUACAGGGUGAUGGCCUCAGCACUGACCAACAACGACAGCUCAGCCAGUUCCUGGCAAAGUGGCAACACGUGUUUUCAUCUCAUGAAGAAGACUAUGGGUGCACUGACCUGGUGACCCAUCAUAUACCCACAGGUGAGGCCCCACCUAUCCGAGAGAGGUACAGGCCCGUACCCCCCACCCUCUACAAAGAGAUCAGGACCUUAUUACAAGCCCACCUAAACCACUUGGAUGGAGUGUUCCAGUCCCUGCAGAAAUAUGGCCUCAAGUUGCGCCCUGAAAAGUGUCAGCUAUUCCAACGUGAAGUCAAGUUCCUGGGCCAUCGCAUUGGUGGAAAGGGGGUCUCUCCUGAUCCGGACAAGGUGGCAGCUGUUCAGGACUGGCAACCACCGGGGACUGUAAGGCAACCAUUGCCGUCCACGUGUGAGGGACUGGACUAGGACCUGGCCUGCUGCAGCCUCGGAUGACCAGUCGGUUGGGGGAUCCAGAGACUACCGAGCGGGUGUGGUAGACUACACAACACACACAACCCGGGACCCUCAGCUGACUGACCGAGACGGGAUACUGAAGGACAAAUUAAACUGGACUAUUACAUCCUUUAUUACGGAAAAACACUACAGUUUUAAUUGUUACUUAAAUAAAAUACAGACUUUUACUA